AUGUCAACGGCCACUUCAAUCAUCAGCUCUGGCUCAGACAGGUUAGAUGCCUGGACUAGACGCUCAAAGCCUAAAAUCGAGAUAUAUCUUGCGGGACAAAAGCCAGGACAUGUCAACUCUUAUACCACCGCAGAGAGUAUUGAUGGCACCAUAACCGUCACCGUUGAGCAUGAGACCCGAUUUGAUGAGAUUGAGAUCCUGUUUGAAGGUGUAUCUCGAACUACGGUAGAACGGGCAUCAUGCCCCGGCCGGACGGGGUCACAACAGAUGUUCCUUAAGUUGCGCCAGCCUAUUGAUGAAAUGGAAUAUCCGACUCCGCGAGUGCUAGAGAGUGGCCGGACAUAUGAAUACCCCUUCACAUUCGUCGUCCCGGACCACCUGUUGCCCCAGGUCUGCACCCACACCAAGAAGAAUGCUCACAUUCAACGAUCCCACACUAUGCUGCCGCCAACAUUGGGUGAUCCCAUCCUUGCCAGCAAUGGCAAGACACUGCUAGAUGAUAUGGCACCCAACAUGUCCCAGAUUGGCUACACGGUUCGGGCCUCUGUUCUUCAGAAACAACUCACCGGCCCUGGAUUCGUGGCUAUCGCCGCCAUUGCCAAGAAGAUCCGUAUCAUUCCAAUUGUCGAAGAAGAACCCCCAGUUGAAACCUCGGCGAACCCAUCUUUCUGCACACGCAAAGAGAAGAGCGUCAAGCGCGGAACAUUGCGAGGCAAAUUAGGACACAUCGUUGCUUCAUCCUCCCAGCCCAAAGCCGUUCAAUUGCUUCCUCCAAACGGUGAGCCAAGUGAUACAGUGAGCACUGUGGCCACGGUAAACCUGCGAUUCGAUCCAAUCGGGGACGAGAAGCCUCCCGCACUUGGAACAAUGACCAGCAAACUUCGCGUCAGCACAUUCUUCAGUGCGGCCCCAUGGGAUGACUUCCCUUCCUCAACCGGCAUGCCCUUCGCCCAUAUCGGAUGCGGCCUCUACACAGAAAGCGUGCCUCUGUUGACCAUGUGUGUCGAAUCCGCCCAGUGGACAAAGCAAUCAUCAGCAGCCAACUCGAUGCGCCGCGACUCCACCGACUCAUCGUCAUCUGAUUCAUCAACGGGCCCGUCCUCAGCAUUCACCGGGGACACUUACUACACCGCAUCAGUCGUGGUCCCUGUCACCCUGCCCGAGUCAAAAGCUUUUGUCCCGACUUUCCAUUCCUGUCUGAUGUCCCGCAUCUACGCCCUCGAGCUCUCCUUGACAUACCACACCCCCGCAGCCAACCUCAUGACACCGACAAUCUCCCUCCGCCUCCCGGUGCAGUUCACGAGCCAAGCCAAGCACGCUGAAUCCAUCAAGGCUGCACUCGGUGUCACUGUCACACAGCAAGAACUAGAGGAGUUCUUCCACCCACGCAAUGUGACUUCUCCUACCGAUUUUUCCAACCAUACUCGCAGUGAGGUGGUUGACGUGGGCCUUGCCCCUCCUGAGUACUCGGAAAGGCUGAGCACGCUGCGAGCCAGCCACUGA